AUGUUCAGAUCCGCAUUACCAAAAGCAUCAGUUCCGUCCGCACGACUCUUCUCCACCUCGCCACGGUCCUGGGGAACCAAGGUGUUUUUCGAAACUUCCAUCAACAAGGAGAUCCAGCCAAGAAUCACCUUUGAGUUGUACGAUGAGGUAGUUCCUAAAACAGCAGCCAAUUUCAAAGCAUUGGCCACGGGUGAAAAGGGUUUUGGGUACAAGGGCUCGAUCUUCCAUAGAAUCAUCCCUCAGUUCAUGUUGCAAGGCGGUGAUUUCGAGACUGGGAAGGGGUACGGUGGAUACUCCAUUUACGGGUCCAAGUUUGCCGAUGAGAACUUCUCCAAGAAGCACACGAGACCUGGUUUGUUGUCGAUGGCUAAUGCUGGUCCAAACACCAACGGCUCGCAGUUUUUCAUUACGACUGUUCCUUGUCCUUGGUUGGAUGGCGCUCAUGUUGUCUUUGGUGAGGUUGUCGAUGGCUACGAUGUCGUGAAGAAGAUUGAGUCGCUUGGUUCCGAAAGUGGUCGCCCUUCUGCUACUAUUGUCAUUGAGGACUCGGGGGUUGUUGAAUAA